UCUUCCUCGCUGUCCAGGAUUGUGGACAAUUUGUUGUUGAGUUAAUGUUUGAUGCGCUAACUUAGACAGAGAGAGUAACUUGCAUUCGCUUUUUCUUUUUACCAAAGCAGCUUUCUCCGCAUCUCCACUGUUGGAUCUUGGCUGAAGUUUUCCCACCUGUCCGGCCUCCUCCUCCUCCUCUUCCUCACACAACACCAGUGUGUCUGGAUCAGCUUCACACCUACCAGGCUUUAGCAGAGUUUUCUAACACCGUUUUUUUUUUUGUUAGAGUUUUAAGAUCAUCAUGGGUAGCAUGUCGGAUGUGUUUAGGUGGAUGUGGUACCACAGAAACUACAUCAUCAUCUUCAUCACGCCACUCGCCUUUCUUCCUCUGCCUCUGAUUGUUCCCACCUCGUAUUCACAGGAAGCAAAAUGUGGCUAUGUGAUCAUCCUGAUGGCUUUGUAUUGGUGCACGGAGUGCAUGCCUCUGGCUGUGACCGCUCUCCUCCCUGUCGUCCUGUUCCCAAUGAUGGGCAUCAUGAAGGCUGGAGAUGUCAGUAUUGAGUAUUUGAAAGACUCCAACAUGCUGUUUGUGGGCGGUCUCUUGGUGGCCAUUGCAGUGGAGCACUGGAACCUUCAUAAACGCAUCGCUCUGCGGGUUCUUCUCCUGGUCGGUGUUCGUCCAGCCCUGUUGAUGAUGGGAUUCAUGAUUGUGUCGGCCUUCCUGUCUAUGUGGAUCAGCAACACAGCCACCACAGCCAUGAUGCUGCCCAUCUCUCAGGCUGUGCUGCAUCAGCUGCAGGCGACAGAGACACGGGCAGAAGAACGAGACCUCCAGAGCGCAGCAGAAGAUAACCUCGGGUUUGAGAUGGAGAGCAGAAAAAUCAAGGAGGGAAUCCCAGAUGAGAAAAACACAGACACAAAGCUGCAGCAGGAGAAUGGAAUAGUUUUGCCUCAAGUGACUCCAGAGUCCAUGAAGGAGAACACGAGGAACGAAACAGAGGAAAAGUACAGCCGCCUGACGAAAGGAAUGAGCCUGAGUGUGUGCUACUCUGCGAGCAUCGGUGGCACUGCUACCCUGACAGGCACCACUCCCAACCUCAUCCUCAAGGGUCAAGUAGACAAGCUCUUCCCUGGGAAUGGGGAUGUGAUCAACUUUGCCAGCUGGUUUGGCUUUGCUUUUCCCAACAUGGUGCUCAUGCUGGCGAUCUCCUGGCUCUGGCUUCAGUUCAUGUUUCUUGGCUUCAACCUGAAGAAGUCUUUCGGUUGUGGCAUGAAAAGUGACAGAGAUAAAGAGGCGUAUGCAGUGAUGAAAGAGGAGUACAAGAAGCUGGGGGGCAUGAAGUUUGCUGAAGGAGCAGUACUCACCAUCUUCAUUUUGCUUGUGCUGCUGUGGUUCACCAGAGAGCCAGGCUUCAUACCUGGCUGGGCCACAGUUCUCUUCAACAAAGAGGAUUCGUUUGUGUCAGAUGGAACAGUGGCCAUCUUUAUGUCAAUGCUCUUCUUUGUCAUCCCGUCUCGGCUGCCAUCAUGUGGCAGCUAUGGUUUCACCGAGGCAGGUAAAAGGAUUAAGGCACCUCCAACUCUGCUGAACUGGCAGGUGGUCCAUGAGAGGAUGCCCUGGAACAUCAUCCUGCUGCUGGGAGGAGGAUUCGCUCUGGCUGCCGGCAGUGAGAUUUCAGGUUUGUCUAAAUGGCUUGGAGCUAGUCUGGCUCCCCUGCAGAAAAUGCCUCCGUUUGCCAUCUCCAUUCUGCUCAGUCUGCUGGUGGCAACAUUCACCGAAUGCUCCAGCAACACAGCAACCACCACCCUGUUCCUGCCCAUUCUUGCUUCAAUGGCCACAACUAUCCAGUUGCACCCGCUUUACGUGAUGCUGCCUUGCACCAUCGCUGCCUCUCUUGCUUUCAUGCUGCCUGUUGCCACACCACCCAACGCCAUCGCCUUCUCGUUUGGAAACCUCAAGGUUAUUGACAUGGUGAAAGCUGGAUUCAUACUGAACAUCAUUGGGAUCCUCUGCGUAAAUUUGGGCAUCAACACCUGGGGAUACAUCAUGUUUGACAUGGGCACGUUUCCUCAGUGGGCCAAUAAUACCCACAGUAAACCCUGAGUGGCUGCCUGUAAUGCCUUUGAAAGUAUUUCUAUAUCUGUUGGCACAUCGUGAAGUGGGGUCUGAUCAGAGCUGAGUAAAUUUGAUAACUUAUUUUAUGUAUAAGUUUUGAUGCAUAAAAGACAUUACUCAGGUUUAUCCUGAGUCCCAUCCACUGACCAGUAAGAAAAGCUUUUAAAAAGAAACAACUGGGGUGCUGUGGUGGCACAGGGGCAAAGCAUGACCCACGUUGAGGCCUUAGUCCUUGUAGCGGUGGUCGUAGGU